AAAGAGGCAGGCGAAAUCCUCCCGCGAAAGAGCAUCGCCGGAACGAGGCUUAAUGUAUUCGACGACGCGGAAGUAGCCAGCAUUUAAGAUAUAGGCUAGGACAGCCACGAUUUCAAAAUAGACGCUCUCGGAAUCAUUUUGGUCUCAUCGCUAAACCGGACACGGACGACUCUAUGUAUAAACAGCAUUCUUUUGAACGGCUGCUGCUUUAGCCGACCACGUGCUCCCGUCCUCGCAAUAUUCCCUUCAAUUACGUGGACGUCCCAUGGUCCUGUAUCAUGGCACUGUAUUUCAUCGAGUAAAAAGAGAUCUACUUUGAAACUGAAGCGCGUUAUACCGAGGAAGAUUGAGAUAGUCACCGGUACGGAUGAACGCAACGCGCCGCAUUGAAGUCUUUAUGUCGUGUCGUUGCAGCUCGUAUUCCGUAAAACAAGAGACUUUUUCGUUGCGACAUUUUUCGACUCGUCACGGAACAAGAGACCGUUGGCUUUCGCAAUGGCUGCAUUGGCUCCUCAAAACUUAAGAGGCUCCCUAUCGGAGGUAAAACCGAUUGACGUCGUGUAGACGUGGUCGGGACGUUAAAGCGACGGACGGAAGGACCGAGAGAAGCUCAGAUUGGCCAUGGCUGCCCAACCGAUAACCGAGGAGCACAUGUCAGCCGAUACUCCACGAUUAGAGUUGAGCUGUUGAAGAGCGCACGAGGUUCACCCUUCUGGCAAUACGAUGCGAUUACUGCGAUUACUGCGAUUACUGCAUGUCGUUUCUUUUGCCUUUCGAAUUUCUUUUUUAUUUGUCAAUGAUAAUUCGAAUUUUUUGAGCGAUCCUUUUUCCACGCUGUUUUUUUUUUAAUAUCUAGUGAAUGAUUUUAGUGCGCGACGCUAAACAACCAUUAAAAACAUUAAGUACCAGGUGUAUGUGAUUAAAUGUGGUCGAGAUGAAUUCGAAGAAAACCCUAUGAGAUUGAUCUCUCUAUUUUCGCAAUGGUGUACAUGUUAUUGUUCCAAAUUGAUUAACACACAAGAUGCCGCAGUACGACGAUUCGUUUCUCGAUUCGCCACUCUUUCGCCGCCGAGUGAAAAGCUACAGUGUGCGAAAGGAGAGUGCAUCGAGACCUCAAGGUUCGAAAGUCACAGCGACGCCGUUGCUCCUCGCCGUGACGAAUCUCAGGAGUCUGGUUGCAUCCCCAUCGGGCUGCAGAUCCGAAGAAGUGGAAGAGCGGAGUGGCGGCAAAGCGCGGGGAGGAAAGUUGGCGCGACGAGCCCGAUCGUUCAAAGAGGAUUUCCUCGAAAAACUCUCGCAAAUGCGCUCGCCUGGUGCGGCCGGAGGAAACGCUGCUGUCGCGGGCGGGUUGCCUCCUGGACUCGGGGAGGGCAGCGCCGUCGGCGCGGGCGUCGGUAUGAACGUCACCAGAGGUCCUGGAAGCGCCGUUGGUGUCAGAGCAGCUUCGCCAUCCUCCCCUCGGACACCCCGCGACAAGAAUCCCUCGAGUGCCGAUUCACCGGAUAAGAACCCGCUGCGUGACCUUCACAUUCAUGUUCGUCAAGUCCAGCUGGCACUUUUGCAUUUUCGCGAUGUUGUCUCGAAGAAGAAGCUCGAAAUGCUACCCGGAAAUGGCACCAUCGUUCUCGAUACAAUCACCACUAUACACACUGUGCUCAAGUCCUAUCUCCUUUAUGAAAACAGCUCGACCCUCGGUUCGGCCACAAAUCAAGUCUACCAGGCGUUGGCGCAGCUCCUAAAACUUUGCGACGAUGUGCUUCUUCAUGGCGACCAGUCCUCGGCUCUCGAUACCGAAAAUGUAACUCAUGUCAUCGGGCUGGUAGAGGACGCCGUAAAGAACCUGGUUUCACUCGCUCAUGAAAAAAUAUCCAAUAGACAGAAGCCAGCGGCUGUUGUAUCGAAUAACAGUAGGAUUUCGGGCUACGGCCCUGAACUUACGCCUCAGCGGAACUCCUUGCCUGACAUUCCAUUGACACCUAGAGAAAGACAGAUCCUCGAGCAAACUGCCACCUCGAACUCGCUUGUUCGCAGUUCCCAUAGCUCCGAGUCCAUCCUCGGAAGAGAUUCUAGUCCGCCGCCGAAACCACCCCUUCCAGACAGGGCGAACGUCUAUCUGUCCGAGGAAACCAGUUCGGCAGAGACGCCGCUGCCUCCGCCUUUGCCUCCUAAGAGACGAACGCGAACCCAUCAGCUUUUGGACGGGAGCGACGCGCUUCUGGGUUCGAGUCUCGAUAGGGUUUCGCUGCGCAGUCGAUCACCCGAGGACUGCUCCUCACUUCUGAGCGCCUCCGCAGGCAGUCUGGAUUCCGCCCUGAAUCAUUCACGCGACGAAGAUGAGAUUCGCGCCAUUAUGGGACCCAAUGAUGAGUCUCUCAACGACAGUAUGGAUCUCAGCCUUAUGGCUACCAUUCAAGGCAUGCAAAUGAAUGGAUCCUCCAGUUGCGGCUGUUGGGAUACUUCUGACUCGAGUCUCCCGAGUACUAUGCUCCUUGGUCAGCAGACGCCACAGGAAAUGCUUGCACCGUUAGCUGGCAUAGAGGGCAAGAUGGAGAGGCUAUCAACGCAAACGCAAGAGUCCGGUUUUGUAUCGAUGCAUUCCCAACGAAGUUCGUCUCAGAGUUACACGGCAGCAUCGAGUGCCACUUCCAAGAGAUCCUCUCAGCAAAGUAGCGUUAGCUAUAACGCUCAAACGUUCAGCUCCCAACAGCAAUCGUUUUCGCAGCAGAAACUCUCGAUGGAUAGCAACGGCUCGGUCUUUUCGCAGAGGAUGAUAAAGAGCUCCAAGAGUACCCUCAGCACUACUAACCUUAUGGGCACCAGUUCUGACUCUGGCCUCAUCGAAAAGCUUGUAAACGAAUUCGAAAUGCAGCCAUCGAUGCUGGACAUAGCAAAUGGAGGGCCGCCUGCGCUUCCGGAAAAGAGAUCCAAACGAAGAAGGGAGAGGCAACCGUCGCAAUACGAUAAUGUACCAGAGAACGAACACCUUUCCACCUGCAGCUUGCACUUUUCUAGUAGCGACAGUACGGAUGGCAGCAAACCUCCGCCGCUGCCCUUGAAGAAGAGGCACAUGUUCCAUUCAGUGGCAUAUUCUGUAAUGGCGUACAUGGAGAUGUUUGGAAACUGCUCCCAUAGCAAUAAUGACUUUAUCUCUGGUCUUGGCAUGCGCCACUCUGUCGCUGACUACAAUUCGAUGCAAGCGGAAUGGCAACAACAUGAAAUAGCUCUGACCACGACCCAGUCAUGCUCUUUUAUGGCGCACACCAUGACGAGUUUGCACGAUAGUUCAAGUAUUUCCAUUACAAUGAAGCCACCCACGAGGGAGGGAGUUAGCAACGAUUCUAGUCUACCACCAGCACUACCCCCAAAGAGAUCGCGCUUCGUUAAAUCGAACAAUGUAACGUCGCCAUCGCCAGCGGCUCCAGAGGCAUCAGUAGCACCAUCACCACCACGGUUAUCGCCAUCACCACCGCUAGUAGUAGUAGCAACAACAGCAGCACGCACAUCACCAUCUUCCACCAUGCAGAUGCACUUAAAAUCGCAAAUGCAACAAGUGCCAAUAUCGUCUACCGGCUCUCUCCUUGGCUCAGCAACAAACAUCAAGUCCGAAGGGGUUACUUCGAUUGCCGAGAAGAAGGAACUUGGCGCUCAGUUCAUUCCCAUGAUCCCUGUGACUUCUACAGGCUCAACGCCUACGGUCAUCACCGGUAGUUACGGCGAUACUCAUUCAAUCGCUUCGGCGCGUGUUUCAAGUCCAGCGACUCCUGUUAAGACGACGCGCGAGACUGCUAUGUGUGCGGCCUCGGACACUUCGAGAUCCGAAAGGAGUGCUCUCUCUUCUUUGCCCGUUGAGGAAAGUACUCUAGAAUUGCGAGAUAUCGAUCAGGAUGAAAGUAUACUGGACGAGUUGGAUAUCAGCAAAUAUUUGGUCUUGAAGAAACCUGAAGAAGAGGGGCCCGAUAUUCGAGGCGGUCAUCCGGAUGCACUGUUGAUUCACGCAACCAAAGCCAAUAAGCAUGACGAGAAGGAAUCAGAUUUCUUGUAUCAGGAAGCUUUCUUAACGACCUAUAGAACAUUCAUGUCGCCGCUCGAACUGAUACGGAAGUUGCACAGGCGACACCAGCGUUUCUCGUGUGUUCCGGAUGUGGUGAAGCAGAGGGCUGCACGCGAAGCCUUCUCUCUACUAGUCAGAGUGGUUAGCGAUCUGACGAUGUCGGAUCUUGACGAUGUACUGUUACAAACGCUCAUGGGAUUCGUGCAGCAGCUGGUCUGCAGCGGCGAUCUAACUAUGGCCAAAGCCCUACGAGUCAAGAUACUGGAGAAGCACUCGAUGAAGCAGCAUCAGGCGGCACAACCGAUACUCUCCUCCCUGAGCGUUUCCACAAAGCAGGCUUCACUUCUCGACUUCAAGAGCGAACAGAUCGCAGAGCAAAUGACUCUUCUCGACGCUGAUCUCUUUAUGAAGAUAGAAAUACCAGAGGUCCUGAUAUGGGCUCAGGAGCAAAACGAAGAGAGGAGUCCAAACCUAACACGAUUCACCGAGCAUUUCAAUAAGAUGUCUUAUUGGGCACGAUCGAGGAUUCUCGAGCACCGGCUCGAAAACGAGGCGAAGGAUCGUGAAAAAUAUGUUGUGAAGUUUAUUAAAAUAAUGAAACACCUCAGAAAGAUAAACAACUUCAACAGUUACCUCGCUUUGCUCUCGGCAUUGGACAGUGCGCCUAUUAGGAGGCUCGAAUGGCAGAAACAUAUCACUGAGGGUUUGAAGGAGUACUGCGCCCUUAUCGACAGCUCUAGUAGUUUUCGAGCAUACAGGCAGGCCCUUGCCGAGACCCAACCUCCAUGCAUUCCCUAUAUUGGCUUAGUCUUACAGGACUUGACUUUUGUUCACAUUGGUAACAAUGAUCUUCUGAUGGAUGGCACCAUCAAUUUUUCAAAGCGGUGGCAACAAUUCAACAUCGUCGAGAAUAUGAAGAGAUUCAAGAAGGGCACGUAUUCCUUUAAGAAGCACGAACGCAUUAUCACAUUCUUCAACAACUUCAGCGACUUCCUUUGCGAGGAAGCCAUGUGGCAGAUUUCCGAAAGCAUUAAGCCACGUGGUGGAAAGAAGAAUCAGACGCAAAACUAGAAUAUGCCAAAUCUUGUUAUCGUCUGUGUCCCUCAUUCGAGUGAACGGGAAUGGGAAUACUUAAGAGCAUGGAAAAUAAAAAUAAAAACGGCGCAAUGUACGGGUAUCCGUUCGCAGACAGCAUACGGGAGCUGAUGAGCGUUGACGUUGCCAGAGGUCGCGGCACAUUAACUAGGCACGUUGUGACUAGAAAUGGUAAAGUCAAAUGAGCCUAAAUUACUCUGGCAGAGCCUCCAGGAAGGGACCUCGAUGGGAAGGCAAGAGGUACAUCAAAGCCGGCGUAUAGAGCACUCUAGUGCUAUUCUCUUCUUCGUAUCGAUGUAUCCGUUAUUUAUUUCUCUUGAAGAUGCGUGUACAAACUAGUAGAUGUUCUUCGUAAAUUAUUUAGGUGUGCGUGGGCGUCCAUUAUUCUAGCUUUAUGUAAGUAGGAAAGUUUCAUGAGUCAACAGUGAACUGUUGAUGAUACAAGGAUGAACACCAAUUACGUUGAUUAGAGUAGAGCCAUUGUUGUUCCGCGUUAACGCUGUUAACGAUGCGCAGCGUAGGACAUAUGGUACGACUGAGAGCAACUGUUACAUAUACUAUUGUAUAUGAUUGUAGGAAACAUUUUUGUUGGAAACUUGUUGAUAGUUGACCAAGCUUUCAGCUUUUAAGUCAAGUUAUGUGUUCGCUACGAGUUAAAAAAAAACUUAAUCAUACCGAAGAAUUCUUAGUGGGGCGUUCAUUGGUGCGUUGGUAUUGUUAUUCUCGCGUUCGUUCGAAAUAAUGCAUCGUUAAUAGAGAGGCGUUGCUCUCUCGCGAGAUAUCACCGACUGCCGGCACCUGUUACGUUCCGAGCUCCACCUUAAAAGCUACUUUAAUUGAUUAAGCAUUAUUUACCUGACGUUCUUAAUGUUCUUAGUGUCCACGCGCUGACGAAUAGGCCUAAUACUAAAUGAAGUGAUUCUGACCACUCUGUUAACUCUGGGAGUACGCGACAGCAUGCCAUAGAAUAAUUACUAGAGGGGAAUAAUCAAUGUGCUUUCUGCCGAUAUAAGCGACAAAUUAUCAAUCGUCACUGCUCAACUCAUCAUUUACAUCAAAGCGAAAGCGCAAGGAGAACGCGCUGAAUCUUAUAUAGAUUAUUCGAUUAGCGUUUUCACAACCUUCGCAAUAGAAUCUUCUUCCUUCGAUGAACGCAUAUUCGUGGUAGAGUGGUAAAGCGAUAUAUCCCCCCUACUACCUCACUAACACUCGUUUCCUGUAAUUUUGCACGCGGAGACCGUAGCGGCGCAUCCAAAAAGCGAGAUAAAUACAGAGAAAGAGAUGGAAGGCAGGUGACGUCCGCAUCAGUGAGAGAAAAGAGGCAGAAGUAUCGUCGAAGUAGCUGGUGCACGUAUCGAAUUAUUAUCUAAUACGCAAUUAAGAUAAAGGUUAUUAAUGUUGUACAUAUUUAUAGUUCUGUAGUACGUGUCGAUUGUUCGUGCACUACCGUAAUUCUGUUCACAUGAUCUGUUGAUCAUUGGUAAGUGUACACAAUGUAAUAUUGUCGCUAAUCGAAUUCACAUACGACACGCGAAGUCCCUAGUGAAUAAGCUGAUGCAAUUAUUGUGAUGCCAUAUGUAAUAUUAUUGACUUUAAGCACAGUCGUAGGUAUACCACAUUUAUACGUUAUUUUUAUUUAAUUACACAUUAAACUCUCUUGAGUUUCCUAUGUUCAA